ACAUAGAGCAAGAGAGAGAGAGAGAGAGAGAGCCAGUGUGAGUGCACAUGUGGCUGUCACACAGAGAAGGUAUCACACUUUAACUCCACGAGAAGAAAAUCAACUCUAAACUGAAGCAGCAGUGAAGAAAACACAUAAACACACAUCAUCUACUGGAGGAGAACAACUCAUAAACUGUCAUGGCUCCCAGCUUGUCCCAGGCAUACAGGAGGAGGUGGUGGAUGGCUAUCACAGCCAUCAUAGAGAACCUGCUCUUCUCUGCUGUUCUGCUGGGCUGGGGUUCACUGCUCAUCAUGCUGAAGAAUGAAGGCUUCUAUUCCCACCUCUGUGUCGAAAAUGAGACUGUUGACACCAACGUGACUUCCAAGGAGAGAGGUCACUGGCCGAGUUGUGUGGAGCAGGAAGAGGUUUUGAAUCUUGGCUUCACCAUUGGCUCAUUUCUCUUGAGUGCAGCCACUUUACCCCUGGGGCUCUUGAUGGACAAAUAUGGGCCACGCCCACUGAGGCUGGUUGGCAGUUCAUGUUUUGCAGCCUCCUGUGCGAUGAUAGCUACCGCUGCAUAUGACCCUGAAGUGCUGUCUGUCCUCAUCUUCCUCGCUGUCUCUUUCAAUGGCUUUGGAGGAAUCUGCCUGACCUUCACCUCACUCACACUGCCAAACAUGUUUGGGAACGUACGAUUGACCAUCCUCUCCCUCAUGAUUGGCUCCUAUGCUUCUUCAGCUGUCACCUUCCCUGGUGUCAAGGUGAUUUAUGACCUUGGCGUGUCGUUCCGUGUCAUCAUGUGGGUUUGGUCUGGAAUGGCUUGCAUGGUCUUCCUCAACUGCUUCCUAAACUGGCCAGCUGAAUCCUUCCCCGCCCCUGAAGACAUCAGAUACAGUAAAAAGGUGAAGCUGAGUGGUCUUGUGACAGAGGACAAAAUAACUGGGGACAGGUAUGUCACCCAUGUGGCCGUCAAAGAAGACACAAUGGAAUCCAAGCAGAUGGAACCCGAGCAGGCACAAUCCCAAAGCACUAGCCAGGGCUCGGUGCCGCUCUGUCACUCUAUCUGCUCUCCCAUCUUGCUGUGGAGUCUUAUCACCAUGGCAAUGACCCAGCUGAGGCUGAUCUUCUUCAUGGGUGCCAUGAAUAAAAUGCUGGAGUUCCUGGUCACCCACGGCAACCCUAAUCCCUCAGAAGAGCUGCAGAAGGAGGUAGAGGAACAAGUUGGUUUCUACUCAUCUAUCUUUGGUACAAUGCAGCUGCUGUGUCUACUGACCUGUCCACUGAUCGGCUACAUCAUGGACUGGAGGAUGAAGGAGUGUGAAGAGGAGAAUGCAAACACACAAACAGAGAAGAGCCAAUCAGAUCCACCAAAGAGAGACAGAAAGAUCCAGAAACUGACCAAUGCCAUGAGAGCUUUCAUCUUCACCAACAUCCUAUUGGUCAUCUUUGGAAUCAUUUCCUUGAUUGACAACCUGCCCGUACAGAUGGUGUCAUUUGUUUUGCAUACCAUAGUGAGAGGAUUUAUCCACUCCUGCUGUGGAGGUCUCUAUGCUGCUGUGUAUCCAGCCUACCACUUUGGGACACUGACAGGCAUGCAGUCGAUGAUCAGUGCUGCUUUCGCCUUGCUCCAGCAGCCAUUGUUCAUUCUGAUGGUGGGACAUCUCCGUGGAGAUCCGUACUGGAUCAAUUUCGGCCUGCUCAUCUUCUCCCUGGUUGGCUUCCUGUUGCCGGGCUAUCUGUUCUAUCACCGUAGAAACCUGAUCAAGGCAAAGGCAGAGCGUGAAAGGCUGAGUGCCAGCCAGUCAGACAAAGAGAACGCACCUCUAACCCAAUCAGAUGUUGAAAUUGAUAAGAACCAAACCAAUAGGCAAGCAGCCAAUGGAUACACACCAAAUGGGCAUACUGUUUAAAAUGAUUGGAGGAAUGAAAUGGUCAAUUUAUAUUAUAAUGUUUUGUAAUUAACGUUUAGUAUGUAAUGAAUAUUCUGAGGACGUAAAUGCGACCUCAGCCAGACAAAAAGAGUUUUCUUCAUUUUUAUUUAAAACAGCAAUAGUGGCACAUUUAGGCACGGUUUGCAUCGGAACAGGAAGCUGAAUGUUGCAGACUGGGAAUCAGAUAUAUCUUCCAAGCUCAUGUUUAAUGCUCUGGCAGUAAUGGUGGGCUCAAUUAGAAAAUCUUUAACCCUUGACUUAAUUCUAUCAUGUGAUCAUUUCAGAAUAACUUGUAAUGGUGGCUUAGCAUUUAGCACAGUCACUUCACAACAUAAAGGCCUUGAGUAUGACUCUCAGAGUCAGAGUUUGCACGUUGUUGUACUGUCCCGUCCUGGUUAGCCUUCUCCACAAACACUCUGGACUAAAUUGUCAAGAAGUGAAAAUAUGUGUACAUGUGAUGGACCAGUGAACUGCAUGCUGGGAAACUUUUAACUCUAGCAACAAGUGACAAAGGGGCAUAAACAUUCAAGGAGCAUACCAGUUUUUAUGCAUGUUCUAUCUUGUCUACUAUUAACCACAGACAUAUAGUAGCUCUACCAUGGCAUUUCCAGACAGUUCUCCAAGCAGAACUUGAAUAGGCUUGAAACUUGUUUGUGUAAAGUAAACAGCAAAAAUUCAAUUACAGCAAAUGAUAGAAUAUGUUAUCCUGAAAAAAUUACAAUCAUGACAAAACCUUUUAUUCCAAGAUAAUGAGAUAUGAUAUUUAAACUAUUUAGACUGUGUAACUUUUGAUAAAAGGAAAUACACAUACUCCUCUUACAAAUGGACAGUUUAAUUCAUAAACAAUAAAAAAAAUACUUUUGCUCAAUUCAGUACAAUCAACAAUGUUAGCUUCACUGUUCCAAAUUUUAGCUAGAUGUUGCUUUGUAAUUCACAUCAUUAGUUCACAAACACACUGACUUGAUGACCAGUUUAUCCAAGUGACAACAGUGGCUACUGUUCAACAAAAGCUACAUAAUCGCUUGAAAAUAAGUAGUAAUAGUCUAUGAUUCCAUAUGUCACAUAGCAAAUACACUUUAUAAUUAUAAUUUCACUUGGUAGUGUUUACUGUUAAAGUAGCCGCUUGCUGAAUGCUCUACAAUGACAGCAACAAAUAUCAUGAUAAAGAACCUGACAGGAGCUUUGCAGUGGUUAUUAAAGGAAUAGUGGAAAUAGGUGAAUAGAAGAUUUAUACACACUCUAGUGUCUGCAGUCCUAGAUUUACUCUUGUCCGGCAGCUUCUUGCUCGCUCACUCUCUCCUUUCACUCCUCUUGUCUCUUCUCCUCUGCCAUUAUGUCCAUAGAGUGUGCUGAGCAUACCUACAUUGCCCGCUUGCCAAGCUCCAGUUCUGAAAAGCCAGAAACCUCCCAGUGGUCCAAAACACCCACAGUACACCCCAGUGCUCUGAGCUUACAGUCUGGGCAGCCUGGCUAAAAAACUGAGCUAACAUUAGCUAACAGCAGCUACAGUUGGCAGCAGUUUACUUCACUGUCCAUCAGGAAACUCUGUAAAUCACAGAAGCAUAAAUUAUAGUUUACUUUUUGAAAUAAUAUUAUCACUACCUAAGUUGCUCACUGAAAACAGCUGCCUGCCAUUGCUAAAGAGAGCAUUAAAAGGGAAACAAAACAGCCAAUCAGUGAGCUGAAAUUCACUGUAUAGGUCUGAUGUAGCUCCAUAAAGCCAAGGGGAGCUGCAGAUUCAGGUGAUAAUUCUCUAUGAGAGACCCCUUUGACAUUGCCACAUUGUUUACUAAAAAGAGUGAGCAGAAACAUUACUCCAAAUAAAAACGAAGGUUGCUCCACAGUAGAAUAUUGCAGCAGGUACUUUUUACAAGCUUUCUUAACUAUUUGAAACUGUCAGCUUGUUUCUACCUGCACUUAGACUGUAUUCAUAGGAUUAGCACUAAACAACCUUUCUGUAGCAAACAACUUUCUUUCGGUAAUAUUUGGAUUUGAUUAUAUAAAUGUGAGUUGAUUCUAUUUAAAGGAGCAGUGUGUAGGAUUUAGUGGCAUCUAAUGUAGUUGUGGAUUGCAACCUUCUCCUUCCUAGAGCUCUCUCAUGAAGCAGCUGUCUGUCGACUUGGCAUUUCCAAAUUGCCUUUAUUUCACAGUUGUUAAAGGUACGGCUUGGGUCUCUCAACUCCUUCAUCCUCAUGUUAGACUAAGAGCAGACUAGAUCCUACAGUGACUCACUAUUGUCUCUUUAGGCACAAGUGGUACCACAAGAAAGGCCGACGCAAAUAACCCAUUUCAGAAGAUAUCUCUGCAGCACAAUACAUAAAUGACAUAACACCAUACCUGUUACAUCUUCAGGUUUGGUUGAUUUCUAGCCCAAUCUUACAUAUUGCCCCUUUAAUCACAACUUAAAAAUAUUUUAGCCAAUCACAACUCUGUUCAGGCCAGUGUUUUUAAGGAGGAAAUGAGAAGACGGAGGAGUUGAUGCCACAGAAAGUAACCUCAGUAUUAAUGACAAAGAAUCAGAAAGUACAGUGAUUUUGGUGCAGGUGCAUCAAUUUCUUUUUGAUUUAAAUGCCAUUUUCCAUUCCUGAUUUUAACCCAGGAGACUGCAACAGCAAUUCCUCCCCCUCCUCCUCCUCCUCCUCUAAGGCUUUUCUGAGAUUCUGUGCAGGCACAGACAAAAACAAAAAUUAAACCAUAAAAUAGACGUCUAGGAAAAAGUGUGAAACACUGUGAGUGUGUUCAUUCAGAAAUGUUGUUGUAGCUCAUAAAUAAAGCUGCUUUAUUUUACUGUUGCAAACAAAGAACAACUUGAAUGUAGCAAAACCAGAAUGAAUAAAUAUUUGAAACUGUGUUUUGUUGUGAACGGGUGCAGCCUGCAGAGACCACAACAUGGCUUUCAGUAAAACUGAUAUUUAUUUAAUGAUAAGACUUAUCCAGCAUUAUAUAAUCAUAUGUAAAAUACCUGAAAUGUGUGCUUGUAUGUGUGACAUAAUGCGAAUGCUUGGGAAGUGCAUUGGGUUGAAUUGAAACGCACAAAUAAAGAAAACACCUAAUAUGAAACUGUGUUUUCUCACAUGCACCUGCUUGUCUGAUAGCUGCAUGUAGACAGAAUAUAUAUCGCAUCACACCUGAAAUUAUAAUGCAAUCCAAAUACAGAAACACUGGACACAUAAGUUAUUCUUAUUAUCUAAGUAUUGAGAGAAUUGGACUUUUCAGGUUUGAGAAAGAUGAUAUUGAAUGUACUGGAUUCCAUUACCAUGUACAGGUGUUGCUUUCAUUGUUUUCACUUUGUGUUAUUAUUUUGUUGUUUAUUGAAGGUAAUUAAGACCUUCUGGUCACAGCAGAAUCAGCUACCGCUAAUGUAAAAGGCGUCAGAUGUUUAACAUCAGGGAGAAUAUGAUUUCAAAGAAUUGUUCAUUGUAAAUAAGAUAGAGGAAGAUAUAGUUUGUGUUGUUUUUUUUGGUAUCUGACUUGAUUUGCAAUGUUGCUUUGAUUUGUUGUGGAAAAAUGUAAAUAAUUAAAAAAAACAUGAAUGAUG